UGUGCCCUGGGGGAGGGCAGGGAUGGGGACAGGGCUGCAGGACAGGGGGACACUGGCCCAGCCUGGGCUAGGAGCUGCCUCCCAGCUGAGCCUUUCUCUCCUGCCAGCACAGAGGAGGGGACACUUUAGGGACACCAUCCCUGCACCUGACCGAGCCUCUCUCCCUUCCCUCCCACAGCCAGGCCACCUCGCCUCCUGCUGCCCUCGCCCAGCUGCCCACACUGGCCCCAGCAGCCCGGGCUGGCCACCAACCACCCCCCUGACCCUGCCUCCCGCAGCCCCCAGCCCCCCRGCCCUGCCCCACGGCACCGCCUGCCCCUCGCCCAUCAGCCCGGCCCUGGCCAGCACCGUGACCACCCGGCCGGACCCGCGGGCAUCCAGCCCCGUCCCGAGGGGCAGCAGGAGCUCCUGGGGCCGYUUCCUCAGGAGGGGCUGCUGGAGUUCACCCACCCUGGCCAGGCUGUCGCCCCACGGGAAGGUCCAGCCGCUGGGCGGGAGGGAGCGGCGGCUGCGGCCGGACACCAGCGUGGUCAGCAGCUUCUUCCAAGUCAAAUCGGCCRUGCCUGCAGAGAGCCCAGCCUGCCCCGAGGAGGGAGAGGAUGGUCAGCACCGAGCUCGGGAGGAUUCUGCCAAGGAGCUGAUCUGCCCCUGGGAUGCUCCCACCGAGGAGGGGACAGCGAGGUGACCCCGACACGGAUGAUUCUCCCAGGCCUGGGAGCGCAGAGCUUGCCUGGAUGGCUCAG